AUCAAUGAACAAAACAUGGUGUUACUUCAAUUAAGAGGUUUAUCAUCAGCCAAACUGCUGCACAAGAGUACGAUGUUAUUUCAUCAGCAUUCCCAUACAAUUACAACUAUAUCAAACCCUACUAGUAAUAAUUUGUUACAGAGACUGAUUAGUGACCCUAUUUCUAGAAUUAAAACAACACUUAAUGAUUCAGAUACACUCAACAACAAAUCAGACACUCCUCCGUGGGAUUCACUCCUGAUUUCUCUUCAUUCUUCUUCCCCUCACAAAGCUCAACUUGUUCUUGAAUGGAGAUUAGAGAAGUUGCUAAAAGAAGACGAGAGAAACCACAACGCUUACUCAGAUUUGAUACAUCUCUGUGGAAAGAUCCGAAACCCGCAAACAGCAAUGUCUGUUUUCACUUCAAUGGAAAAUCAAGGUGUAAAGCCAAAUGCUGCCAUUCUCCACUCCCUAAUAUCUGCUCACUUAUCUUCAGGCAAUGUGAUCACUGCACUUAGCAUUUUUGAAAUAAUGCAGAACUCCGAUGACUACAAACCUACUGCUUGCACUUACAAUCUGUUCAUUUCUGCAUUUGCUAAACUGGGAAAUCAUAAGGUAAUGCUAGCUUGGUACUCAGCCAAGAUGGCUUCUGGCUUUUUAGCCAAUAGAGACACGUAUGACGCUCUUAUAUUAGGUUCUGUAAAGUUAAAACGAUUUGAAGAUGCUGAUAGAUUUUACGGAGAAAUGUUAGCAGCAGGAAUCAAGCCUAACACAUCGGUGUUAUAUAAUAUGCUUGUUAGGUUGUGUGAGCAAAAAGAUUUGGUUAAGAUCAGAGAGUUUUUGAUGGGUAUAUUGGAUCAUAAAUGGGAGAUCAAUGAGAAGAUAACUGAGAAGCUUGUUGGGUUUUAUCGUGAAUUAGAAUUAAUGGAAGAAUUGGAGUGGUUGCUAGUUGCAUUCACAAAGGCAUGCUAUACUCAAGAUUUAGACAUUAUAUCUCACGUUCACAAUGGUUUGAUUCAGAUUUAUUCUAAAUUAGAUAGAUUAGAUGAUAUGGAAUACUCUAUUGGCAGGAUGUUGAAACAAGGGGUGCUUUUUAGGUCCCAUAAAGAUGUUGAACAGGUGCUCUGUUCUUAUUUUCGUAGGGGUGCAUAUGAUAGACUAGAUGUAUUCUUGGAGUUUAUGAAGUCUUCACAUAAGCUUUCAAGAUCCACUUAUGAGUUACUGGUUGCUGGUUACCGUAGAGCUGGGUUGUAUGAUAAGGUCGAUUUGGUGAUCAAAGAGUUGAACCAAGAACUAUAAGGAAAAAGUUUGAUUUGUUUGUGCGAGUGAAAUUUAAAAUUUGGGUUAGUUUUUUAGAUGGUUAAAUCUGUUAGCAGAGUAAAAGACAAAUUAGUUUGUUCUGUUUCGUGGUUUCCUACUUAAUAGAAAUAGAAAAGUUGGUUACUGAA